AUGACGCACCGUCUGCACCAGUUCAAUAUGGAGAGCGUUUCGACUAUGGCCAAGCAUCUGGACGAUUUUGACGAGCUUAUCGUCGGAUUGCAGACACUGGGAGAGCCCGUCGAUGAAGCUCGACAGCUGGUAGUGCUAUUAAGCAGCCUUCCUUCUGAGUACGAAUUAAUUCCAGCAAUCGUGGAGAACGCCAAGGAUGUGUCUCUGAUCGAGGUGAAAGAGAAGUUGCUCAAGGAAUACGAGCGACUAGAAGAGAAGGACACCACCAUGGAGAAAGCGUUUCGAGCUAACGGGAAUGCUGGAAGGUUCAAGGGGGCCGAGGACACGGUCGAAAGGGGAUCUCUUCAAGAAAGAAUGGUGGUGGAUACAAUGGAAAGUGGUUUGAGUGUGGCCAAUUUGGUCAUAUGA